CUACGCGGCGGCUGAGCGGAGGCCUCGUGCCGUAACGGCCAUCGCGGCGGCCGCGGCGGCGUCCCGGUGCCCUCCUCAGGUGAGCUGGGGCCACCCGGGCUCGGCAGAAGGGAGUGCAGAAGCUGCUGAAAAAUGGCAGAAGAAGUGGUGGUAGUAGCCAAAUUUGAUUAUGUGGCCCAACAAGAACAAGAGCUGGACAUCAAGAAGAAUGAGAGAUUGUGGCUUCUGGAUGAUUCUAAGUCCUGGUGGCGAGUUCGAAAUUCCAUGAAUAAAACGGGUUUUGUGCCUUCUAACUACGUGGAAAGGAAAAACAGUGCUCGGAAAGCAUCGAUUGUAAAAAACCUAAAGGAUACGUUAGGCAUUGGAAAAGUGAAAAGAAAACCUAGUGUGCCAGAUUCUGCAUCUCCUGCUGAUGAUAGCUUUGUUGACCCAGGGGAACGUCUGUAUGACCUCAACAUGCCUGCUUAUGUAAAAUUUAACUACAUGGCAGAGAGAGAGGAUGAAUUGUCAUUGAUAAAAGGGACAAAGGUGAUCGUCAUGGAGAAAUGCAGUGAUGGGUGGUGGCGGGGUAGCUACAAUGGACAUGUUGGAUGGUUCCCUUCAAACUAUGUGACUGAGGAAGGCGACAGCCCUUUGGGUGACCAUGUGGGUUCUUUGUCAGAGAAAUUAGCAGCAGUCGUCAGUAACCUAAAUACUGGGCAAGUGUUACAUGUGGUACAGGCUCUUUACCCAUUCAGCUCAUCCAAUGAUGAAGAACUUAAUUUUGAGAAAGGCGAUGUAAUGGAUGUUAUUGAAAAACCUGAAAAUGACCCUGAGUGGUGGAAAUGCAGGAAGAUCAAUGGAAUGGUUGGUCUGGUGCCGAAAAACUAUGUUACCAUUAUGCAGAAUAAUCCAUUAACCUCAGGUUUGGAACCAUCGCCUCCACAGUGUGAUUACAUUAGGCCUUCACUCACUGGAAAGUUUGCUGGCAAUCCAUGGUAUUAUGGGAAAGUCACCAGGCACCAAGCAGAAAUGGCAUUAAAUGAAAGAGGGCAUGAAGGUGAUUUCCUCAUUCGUGAUAGUGAAUCUUCGCCAAAUGAUUUUUCAGUAUCACUAAAAGCACAAGGGAAAAACAAGCAUUUUAAAGUCCAACUAAAAGAGACUGUCUACUGCAUUGGGCAGCGUAAAUUCAGCACCAUGGAAGAACUUGUAGAACAUUACAAAAAGGCACCAAUUUUUACAAGUGAACAAGGAGAAAAAUUGUAUCUUAUCAAGCAUUUAUCAUGAUACUGCUGACCAGAAGUGACUGCUAUACAGUUGUAAUUCGUCAUGUAAUUGAAGACUGAGAAAAUAUCAGUCCAGUCAUGCUUGAUUGGAAAUUGCUGUUUCUAACUCUAUAUGAAAAUUGACUAUAAUACAUAAGUAUUUUUAUUAUAACUCAGUCCAUACAUAUAUACUACAUAUGCCAAACAUCUGCAUAGAGCAAUUCCUUAUCCUUGGUCUUUUGUUUUAUUGUUUUUUUUGCUCUUUUUCUCUUUGCUUCUAAUAUUAAGGUUUUAUAUUUUGAAAAAAUGAUGCAGAUCGAAAGUCUUUAUAUGGAAGAAUUUCUUUAUUGCCUUUCCUUUAUUUCCUUGUAAGGGCACCACCUUAGUUACUUCUGCAAUGGUUCUCUUCAUAUAAAAUUAUUAUAUCAAUUAUAUCAAUAUAUGGCAUAUGCUAAAAUAAAUUUCGUGGAGAGUUGUUAAUCUUUUCUGUGACUAAAUAGCAAUAAUAAAUGGAAAAUUAGAAAUUAUUUUCAGGUAUUAUAUUUGUCACAAGCCAUUGUAAAUAUCAAGUAUGUUGUGUCUGUCAUUAUUUUUCAAAAUUCAUUUGUUGUCUUCAGUGUAAAGCAAAACAUACGGGACAUAGGUUAGAAAACAUAUCUUGUACAAUUUAAAUUUACAACUGUUGGAAACAAAAAUCUCUAAAUUCCUAAGAUUAUUCCCCCCCCCCUUUGAUGCUUCUCUCUCAUCUAAUUAUUCAAGAGAACAAAACAGUCUCUGAGAUAUUUAGCUUUUCAAACUGUAAAUGGAUGCUCUAGUGUUAUUUUUUUCCCCUAGUGUUAUUUUACCAAAGCAUCUUGUUUUUGAAUAUGUUAUAUCUGUGUCAGUGUGAAAAAAGCUAUGGCCAAAUUUUGAAGAAGUAAGAGGCAAUGAGAUACUUGGUUCUCCCCAACCCCACCAAAAAAAAAAAUCAGUAAUUAUCAGGAAUAGUAUUUCUACUACUCUCAUUUUCUUCUUUCAGCUUUGAAUUUUAUUGACUGGGACACUAAAAUUGAUGUAUACCUGAGGAAAAGAUGUGAUGUGCUAAUGGUUAGAGAAAAUUAUUUUUAGAAUCUUAUUUUUGCAGAUGCUUCUAUUAAGUUUUUGUUCAUCAAGCAGAAGUUUGGGUGUAUGGAUGAGAGGCUACUGUAGCGUAUUUAAUCUAGUUCUGUACAUCACAGAAGAAAACCAGUUAUAUUUUAUGGUCACAGCUUUUCCCCCCACUAUAAAUUCUGGAGAUUUAAUUUAAGCAAAGUACCUUCAAUAUUUUAAUAGAAAAUACUUACUAAAACCACAUAACUUAGUAAAUAGUAGAAAGUCAUGAGAUUUAAAAAAAUUUCCCCAAUGCUGCCUAAGCAAAUGAAUGUUUCCAUUCUUUAAUAUGUUAUGAACAGACAUUUAAGACACCAGAAUUACUGAUUCUAAAAUUGAAGUUGUCUAAUUCAUGAGGUUUUUGAUUUUGUUUUUUUUAAUUUGUUUUAUUUUAAAUGUUUUUUUAAUUCUCGAAAUCUUCAAGUCAUUUAAAGACUUACAUUGCCACUGGGUGGCAGCCCUGACUUCUCCCACUAAGCAAUAGGAGUUAGCAGAUAUAGACAUCGUACAAUUUUCUAUCUUCAUUACAUCUGCUUUUAAAGCCUUUUAGUUCAUAUUUCAUUAUCUUCCUCAGCCCCCCUUUGUUUGUUAAGAUGAUUAUUAGUAGGCAAGUUUAAUGGAAACAAAAGUCAUGUAUUCUUACCUUUUUUGCUGUAAAAUCACUUGAAUAUAAAUUGAGGAAAAUAGUUUUAAAGUAGUUGUAAAAUGACUAUGUAGCAAACAUUUUUUAAUUUUAAACAAACCAUUUGAUGAUGCUUUCUUUUUAUUCUCCACCUCUUUGUGGUCCCCACCCCCCAGUCUUCCUUAUUUAAAAAAUGGAUAUUUGUUUAAAAAAAAGGGGGGAGCAAUUCAAUUACUACUUUGUAUCACAGACAUGAGCUAUUUAUAGCAAACCCUGCAGAGCUGAUGUUAAGGAUUUUGAGAAAGUAGCUAGGAAUGGAGUAGCACUGGAAGCAGAAUGCAUAUUUCUGUGCCAUAAUUAGAUUUAUAAUAACUAGGGAAUUCCUAGAUAGUCCAUGUGUGCCAAUAAUAGUUAUUGUGUGCUCCUCCUGUUAUGUGAUGAAACCUCACUGGGAACUACUUAAUUUUCUACUUCAACAUUUUAUCAAUUUUUAAAAAGUCUUAAAACCCAUCUUUACAUCAAUGGCUGUUUUUUAAAAGCAUGAAUUAAUUUUCUUAAGAACUAGAACCAUCUUAGAAAACAUCUACAUAGCUAGCUAGUAGCAGGACUUGUAUUGGAAGCCAGGUUUCCUUAUUCCCAGCCUGAUACACUCUAUAUUGUGACACAUUGGCUUCUGUGUGCUUGUUUUUAGAUAAGGAGGAAAGUCCUGGGAAGAGCAGUAUUACAGUAGUUUUCUUCCACCUGUGAGGAGAUGCUUAGCUAUCAAUUUAAAUAUUCAUAAUACACAUAACCCUGCCCAACCCACUUCUACAAAUAACUUCUCCAAAAUCUUGUAAGAAGAAUUUUCAGAACUUUAUAUAAACUCAAUGACAAAAAGCUAUUGCUGCUGUAUGUGUUAUUUGGUCAUAAGUCCUUAAGUUCAGCUGAAUACAUAUUCACAAAAAUAUGUUACACAUCUUGGACUAUAACACAGUAACACAGGCACCUGGCACUAUUAAAGAUGGUGUGUCGCAGACAUAUCACUUAAAAUCAGAAGGCCUAAGUGCAAUCCACUGCCAUUGCUGGAAGAAUAAAAAGCCUAGCAGAUGAGCAACUUGGGUUGUUAGAAUGAUGUUAUCCUCAGAUAUGUGGAUAGAUCAGUGGCACAUAAGUUAUCUCCAGCUUUAAUGCUUUAAUUCUAUCGUCUAAUCCAGAGAUGGCAAGAAGCAGGGCCACUACUGUCUGUGUAGGUACAUUGUGAGAAUUAGGAAAAGGCAUCUCUUAUCUGGGCAAGCCCAGCCACUUUUUUUGCUGUUGAGAAGUCCAAAACUCACCACCACUACCCUUCUCCCAUCUUGCAAGGUGCCCUGUUCAGGAUACAACCAAUACAGUUCAACCCACGAUGCUUAAAAUAAUUGUUAACAUUUUAAAAUUGGGGGAUUUCACAUAAAAUUCAGAGUUCUGGUUUCCCCUGAAAAAUGAGAAGCUGAUAAUACUAAAUUUGAAUUCCCGGAAGGCAUCAGAUGGUAUGGAUGCUUCCCUUUUUUUAACCAAUACAUACGGUUUUUAAAAAAGUGUAAAAGAGGCUCUUUCCCAGCUUUUAUCCCCCUAGUUCCAAGUCUCCAAAUGCAGUUACUGUUAACUCACUGUUUUUCCUGUAACUUGGAGUUAUCUGGAAACUUACCAUUUUGCAGAAAUACUUGAGGUGCAAUGUCCAAAUCAAUAAAUUAGGGAUGUAGCAUUACAGCAUGCUUUAACUUUUCCACUUUAAUAUUCUGCUAGAAGAAAAGGAGAUCCUUUGUAAUCCUGUAUUUAUAUACAUCCUUUAACUGUUUUCGAAUGGCUUCACAACUGAGGUUGCUUCUAACUUAAAGUACAUUUGAUGUAGGAUAGAUGACAUCCUCAUUUUAUGUUUUGAACAGCAUCCAAUGAACUUUUUGAAAAUGCCAUAUUACUGCUUCUGGGGAAAACCUGUAUUUUAUUCUAUUGCAAGGCAAAGUAGGAAGCUCCUCUCUUCUGAUAAACUGGUUCUAUUGGUUUAGCAAGUUUAUAUGACUCAACUGUCAUCUUCUGAACUCUUACAGACCAGCAUACUGUGCAUACUCCACACCCUAGUUUUUUGCUGUUACAUGACCUAAAACCAAAUGACCAAAGAAAUAUAUUUUUUUUGUUUACUAAUGAGGGGUUCUUUUGAUUUGAAAGUAUACAGUUUGCUGAGACUUGUUUAAUGAGUAGAACAUAAACUGGGCUUGGUGAGGUUUUGAAGAGCAGGAGGAGGAGUUUUUGUUAUUAUUGGCAGUGUUCACGAAGGUAAAUGUUUUAAACCACAGUGUCUUUUUGAGGGUAUGUUUGUUGGCCGGUGCACUUUAAUUAUCUCAAAUACUUCAGAAUAGGCCUGAUGCCUACAAAGGAUUCACACAAACAUUUAAUUUACCUAUUGGACUGGCUGAUUUUCUAAAUGUUUCCACUCAAAUUACUUUUUUAAGCUGUUUUUAAAGUUCCAGGGAAAGCUGGUCUCAGUAUUUUGAAAUAAUGUUGCAAAUUUUAUUUGUAGUUAUAACUACAAAGAAGACAAAGAGUACUCAAUUUCCUCUCCAUGUUUUCUUGUACCUCAUGGAAUGAUAAUGACUCUGGAACAGGAAAACAAACAUAAAUAGACAAUUAAGAAUAGACAUCUAAGGUAGUUAAGGUAUUUAGUUGCUUUAAAUCUCUAGGCUCAGAAAUUAUGUAGAACAUUUGCAGAUAGCUUUCGGGAAAUUAUGGAGACAGGUGGAAUCCAGAAUGAGACUAAAGUGUCCGUUUUAGGUUAAAUACCGGAAUGGUUAUUAAAUUUAUGUUUUUUUUGAGCAUUUGUAGAAGAAAUUAGUGAUCCCUGAAUAAGCCUGUCUUUUCUUGGAACAAGUAAUGCCAAACAUAUACUUGUUUUGAUAUGGUUUCUAGACUAUAGAUAAGGGGGAUGUUGUAGAAGACAAGUACUGAUUUCAUCAGCACGUAUGCUAAUCACUUGGCAUCAAGAUAAGAAAAAUACCUUUUGAACGGUUAUAUCUAUGUGUAUGAUUUUGUGUCUUUGUUUUGCUUUUGGAGAUAUUUAUCCUUCAACCACCCAUCCAACCACCUCACCUCAAAUGUUUGAUUGCAUAGGUGCCAGACUCUUCUAACCUAGCAAAAUGAUAGUGAAGAAAAUGGACAAAUUUGUCCAAAAGCUGUCCUAAAACUUUCAUUUCUAGUGAUGUAAUGCCUAAUGGAGAAGUGCUAUGAAGGAAAAACAGAGCAAGAUGAGGUCGGAGAGUGAGAGUGGGGUGUUAAUUUAUAUAGGAUGGUCAAAGGAGGCCUCAUAAAACGGACUUUGAGCAUAUUGUGUGCUUCACUCAAUAGAAUCACUGACGACUAGGAUUAAACCAGUGAAUGACUGAAAAUACAGCAAUCAAAAUCAUUUGAAAAUUAUUAAGAUCUUCACUUACAGGUCAUUGUUUCUGGUUUUCGAAUUUUAGAAUUGAAUAAAAUGGUAUUUUAUUUAAACAUGGAACUUUUAACUACAAAGGACUAUUCUGAAUAAGGCCUGAUUCUACAUCUUAGGAGGAGUUGUUGGGGAAUGUCACAUAGAAAAGAAUCAGUUAUAACUACAGGAAGGAGGGCAGUUUGACAGACUUAAGGGUUUUAAUUCAUCACACCCUAAGGAAAGAAUUGAGGUUAAGGGAGGUUAAAUUCCUGAUGUUCUGCACUGGUGCCAGACAAUAAACGAGGCAGGAAAUUGAAGAAAAUCUGUUCAGAGGAGGUUGAAAAAGGGCUGUAAGAACCCUGAAUACCAGAGCUUGAAAGUGUGUGAAAGUUACAUCUGGAGCAGACUCAGUGGAAGCGGGAGUUAGAAAAAUCUAUAACAAGGAGAAUUCCACUGUUUAAAUACACUGUGUUACUUCCAGAAAAAAAAAAAAAAAAAGUAAUAAUUGAGACAGUGGAUUA